UGUAUUUUUGUUCGGGUUUUCCGCCAAAAAACGUCACUGUACCUUCCCAAGAAAAAUCUUUACCUUACGUAUACAUUACCCUUUAUAUAAAUCUCACUUUUUUCUAUCACCCAUUCACAAAGAUUGGAUUUUUAUAAGAUGUUUGGCAAUACACUAACAGAAAAAACACAAACAGAUAUACUACAGGGGGAAUCCAUGGCUACUGACCACUCUGAUGAUUUAGACCAACUUCUUGACAGCGCUUUGGAUGAUUUUCAGAGCCUCAAUCUCACUUCUGCUUCUCAAAGAAAUGGGGAUGGAGAGGACAAGAAAGAGAGUUCUUGUAUGGCUAGUGAGGUUCAAGGGCUAGGGAUGUCGUUGCCCGAUUUGAAAGCUAAGAAGAAGGGGAAGCAAAAGGCUUCUUCUAAGGACUCACAUGUCUCUGAAGCUCUUGAUAAGCUUAGAGAGCAGACAAGAGAGGCUGUUAAGGGAUUAGAAUCAGUGGCUGGGCCGAGACCCGGUGUGGAGAGCUUUGGAAGUGAUCCAAUGAUGGAGGAGUGGGCCAAGCAGUUUGAGGAGCUUGCUGGUUCUCAGGAUAUGGAGUCUAUCGUAGAGACCAUGAUGCAGCAGCUUCUUUCAAAGGAAAUUCUUUAUGAACCUAUGAGAGAAAUUGGAGAAAGAUAUCCAAAGUGGUUGGAAGACAAUAAAGCCAAGUUAAGCAGUGAAGAUUAUGAACGUUAUAGACACCAGUAUGAACUUAUAAGAGAUCUAAACAAAGUCUAUGAAACUGAGCCGAACAAUUUCAACAAAAUUGUCGAGCUUAUGCAGAAAAUGCAAGAAUGUGGCCAACCACCAAACGAUAUAGUGCAUGAGCUUGCUCCAGACUUCGAUAUAUCAACUCUUGGACAGCUAUCACCAGAGAUGCUCGAGUCGCAACAGAACUGCUGUAUUAUGUGAAGACACUGGUUCGACUAUCCCGCUGGCCAGCUUGCUCCUUAAAUUGUUCUUUUAUCAUUGUAACAAUAAGCGAGGAACAUAAGUUAUUUUUCGAUGGAAUUCAAUUAUGAGGUUAUUGCUUAUCUCAUCUUUCUAAUAAACGUGACAGCGCAUUCUUUUCUUUC